UGCACGACCCUGCACGGAAUAACCUACACCUUCUACGGCUACCCGGACAACGACCCGCCGGGGGCCGCCAUCGCGUACGAGUGCCCGCACCGCAGCGGCACCGGCACCGCCGGCGGGACGGGCACGUACGACGACCCACUGACCUUCGCGACCGCGCCGGGCGAGUUCGAGCUGUGCGAGGUCAUCUACUCGCCGUACCUGCAGAAGUACCUCAUCCACGAGGACUACUGCGAGAGCUGCACGCGGCACUGGCCGCACAUGUGGCAUGUGGACGUGUGGUUGGGCGGGGACUCCGUGGGCGCCGCGGCGGAGCAGCUGAGCUGCGAGGCGAGGCUGACGCCCGAGCGGGAGAGUCAGAGUGUCGUCAGGGGGCCGAGGGGGGAUUUGCCUGUUGAU